CACAAAUGCACAGACCUAUAAAAACACCUCAUCAGUUAUGCCUGCAUGUGUUCCUGCACUUACCAAUAAAUAACAAAACACGAAUCAACUCAUAGAUUUUGACUCUGGUCAGUGAGCCAGACCACCGGUGGAAAUGUCUGUGAAGAUCCUCUCCAUCACUCUCCUCCUGAUCUCAAUGUGUGUGAGCUGCCACUCCUCUGAAGAUACUCAUGGUCGUCAUCCUGGACCGUUUCCACCAUGCUGCACUGCAGUCACCAAAGGCAAUAUGACUGCUGACGUGGUGGGGCAAAUAUAUCAUGAACUGGCUGCAAGAGGAGACUGUGUGAAGGCUAUAAUUUUUUACACAAAAAAUAAAAAACAACUUUGUGCUGAUCCAGACGCUCAGUGGGUCAAAGAUCUCAUUGCCAAAAUGACGAAGGUGUGAAGCCUGUCUGCUGCAUCAGUAUUUCCAGUAUUUCCAUCACCUUUAAAGGCUUAUUCAAACCAGAGCGCUUUCUCAGCCUGUCUUGAAACUUUUUUUUUUUUUUUGCAUUUGUAGAUUAAUUUUUACUCUUACCUGUGGCAGAAACCUGUAUUUUAUUUAUGCUGUUGACUUCAUUGUUUUUUAAUUGAUCACUGGAGUUCAGGUUUUAUUUGUCUUUUUUUGCUUAUUUGUGAAUCUCUUUCUGUGCAUUAUCUGUUUAUUUGAUGAACAAUUUGGCUGUGAAAAACAAUAUAAAAAUAAACUUUUGUAUUAUUGAGCAAAUA